GGUUCAAAGCGCUCCGGCUGCCCGUCGGAGCUGAAGCUGGAGAGAGAGAGAGAGAGAGAGAGGCGACCGCGGAGGAGCUGCGCGCGGGUGCCCGCCCCUUUCCAAGCAGCAGCGGCAGCCGCCCGGGCUUGCGAGAGGGUCGCCUUGCCUUGCCCUGCGAGAGAGAGACCCAAAGGGAUUGUUCCGCGGCGCUGCCCUGGUCCCCAAUGCCUCUCCUCCCGCGGCCGGGAAGAUGCUGAACUCUUCUGGGCGGCGCGCACCAGCCGAGGAGGGGACCCUCCGUUCUUCUUCCCGAUGAGUUUGACUGUAGGUGCCGCCGAAGCUGGGCUGGACGGUGCAUAAAGAUGCUGAAGGGUGUCUGGUUGCUCAGUGUGUUCACAGUGGCUGGGGUCCCGCCGACGGAGAGCCGCAAGCCUGCCAAAGACAUUUGUAGCAAGAGCCGCUGCCCUUGCGAGGAGAAGGAGAACGUGCUGAAUAUCAAUUGCGAAAACAAGGGAUUUACAACCGUCAGCCUCCUCUUGCCGCCCCCCUCCAAGAUCUACCAGCUCUUCCUCAAUGGGAACGCCUUCACCCGCCUCUACCCCAACGAGUUUGUCAACUAUUCCAACGCCGUGACCCUCCACCUGGGCAACAAUGACAUGCAAGAGAUCCGGACGGGGGCCUUUGUAGGCCUGCGGACCCUUAAACGGCUGCACCUGAACAACAACAAGCUGGAAAUCCUGAGGGAAGACACUUUCCUCGGCUUGGAGAGCCUGGAGUACCUCCAAGCUGACUACAACUAUAUCAGUGCCAUUGAGGCCGGGGCCUUCAGCAAACUCAACAAACUGAAAGUGUUGAUCCUGAAUGACAAUCUCCUCCUGUCGCUGCCUAGCAACGUGUUCCGUUUCGUGCUGCUUACUCACCUGGACCUCAGGGGGAACAGGCUGAAGAUGAUGCCCUUUGCUGGCGUCCUGGAGCACAUUGGAGGCAUUAUGGAGAUCCAGCUGGAGGAGAAUCCCUGGAACUGCACCUGUGACCUUCUGCCUCUCAAGGCUUGGCUGGACACCAUCACUGUCUUUGUUGGGGAGAUCGUGUGCGAGACCCCAUUCAGGUUGCACGGCAAAGAUGUCACCCAACUCACCAGGCAGGACCUCUGCCCGCGAAAAGGCACAAGCGAGUCCAAUCAGAGGGAGAAACACCCUUCCCACUCCGAUACGCACAUCCAGAGAUUCCCCCCGACAGCCAACUCCGCCGUAGGAGCCACCAGGGCCCCCAAAGCCAGUCGCCCGCCCAAAACAAGAAACCGGCCCACCCCACGGGUCACAGUGUCGAAAGACAGGCAGAUCUUUGGGCCCAUCAUGGUUUACCAGACCAAGUCCCCCGUGCCACUCACUUGCCCAACCGGCUGCGUCUGCACCUCCCAGAGUGCUGACAAUGGGUUGAAUGUCAACUGCCAAGAGAAAAAAAUCAGCAACAUCUCUGAUCUCCACCCCAGGCCUACCAGUCCAAAGAAACUUUAUCUUACCAGUAAUUACUUGCAGACUGUCUACAAAACAGAUCUCUUGGAAUACAGCUCAUUAGAUUUGUUACAUCUGGGGAACAACCGGAUUGCCGUGAUCCAAGAAGGUGCCUUCUCUAACCUCACCAGUUUACGCCGACUUUAUCUCAAUGGCAAUUACCUUGAGAUCCUGUAUCCUUCCAUGUUUCAAGGGCUCCAGAGCUUGCAGUAUCUCUAUUUAGAGUAUAAUGUGAUUAAGGAUAUCCUCCCACACACCUUUGAUGCUCUGGGUAACCUCCACCUGUUAUUUCUGAACAACAAUCUGCUAAGGGCUCUGCCCGACAACGUCUUUGGGGGCACGACCCUGACGAGGCUGAGUCUGCGAAACAACCACUUCUCUUAUUUGCCUGUGCGAGGGGUCCUUGACCAGCUGUCGGCUCUGAUUCAGAUUGACCUUCAAGAAAACCCUUGGGAUUGUACCUGCGACAUCAUGGGGCUGAGGAACUGGAUUGACCGUGUCACCGAGCCGAGCCACCAGCAGGUGGGGCACCCUGUUGUGAUCAACGAAGUGGUCUGCGAUUCUCCAGCCAAGCACGCUGGAGAACAUCUCAAGUCCCUGAGCAAAGAGGCCAUCUGCCCUGAGAACCCCAAUCUGUUAGACUCUUCUGCCUUGUUGCCAAAUCUGAACACAGACGUGCCACCAGCCUUCAGCAUCUUCCCCAGCUCUUACCCGGAAGCGCGCACUGAAGUCCCUCUCUCCGUCUUAAUUUUGGGCCUGCUGGUUGUGUUUAUUUUGUCCGUCUGCUUUGGAGCGGGCCUGUUUGUCUUUGUCCUCAAGCGCCGCAAGGGUCUGCCCAGUGUGCCCAGUAGCGCCAACAACCUGGACAUAAGUUCCUUCCAGUUGCAGUACGGGUGUUACAACAGCGAGGCCCACGACAAAACUGAGGGGCAUGUGUACAAUUACAUCCCUCCUCCUGUGGGCCAAAUGUGCCAGAACCCUAUCUACAUGCAGAAGGAUGGAGACCCAGUCGCUUACUAUAGAAACCUCCAUGAGUAUAGCUAUAGUAACCUUGAACCUAAGAAGGAUGAAUCUGCGAGCUUAGCUUUUACAAUCACUGCAGCAGAAAUGCUGGAGAAACAGACUUUUCCGAGGGAACCAGAGCUGUUGUAUCAAAACAUUGUGGAGCGGGUCCAAGACCUGCCCAGUGGAAGCCUGGUUCACUAUAACUUUUGCACCCUCCCCAAAAGGCAGUUCACCCCUUCAUACGAGUCGAGACGACAAAGCCAGGACAGGAUAAAUAAAACAGUUUUGUAUGGGACUCCCAGGAAAUAUUUUACAGAACAGUCUAAACCGGAACUUCCUUUACUGCAAGGGAAACUACAGACCGAACCAGAUUACCUCGAAGUUCUGGAGAAACAAACUGCUAUUAGUCAGCUGUGAAAGGGGUGGGUGGGAAAGGCUUUGGCGGGGGGGAUGGGACAUUUCCUGGGGGAGAAAAAUCUUUAAACAAACAAACAAAUCCUAACCUGAUUCUGAACUGGAUACAUCAGUGUGAUUUUUCACUUCCUCAAGAGUUUCCACAGUCGAAAUUCUCCAACAGCCCUUACACAAUGCCAGGGGUAUGAUGGGUGCUUUUUGCUAUGUUCUUUUUUAAGUUAUUUCGUACAUUUCUUCUCUUGGCCCUUUAGGAACUGUCUCUGCAAAUGAAUGUUUCAACCAGAGCAUUUGCCUAAAUUUCUCCUUUUCCUGGGAGCGGGAGGAGGGCAGGUAGAAGGCCAUUGGGGCAAGCGUCCCCGUCCCCCCCCACCGCCCGAUCCUGUCUGAAAAUUGGAAAUAAUGUAAUAAACCUCCAAAAAUUCUCUUUCCCCCCUACUGGACUAGGACAUUUCUUCCUCCCACCUCCUUUGUAAAUAAUAUUGUCAGUACAGCUUUUUCAAUUACCAAGUUCAGCCACUGGGCGUCACCUUUCUUGUGUGUGUGUGUGUGUGUGUGUGUGUGUGUGUGUGUGUUAAAGUGCCUUUGCACUUUAAGUACGUUAUUACUUAAUUGUUGCGCUUAGCUUUGAUACAUUUGAAUCUAUUUUACUGUCUUGUAUUUUUGGAAUUUUUUUAAAAAGUAAAAUAGAUCGGUAUGUCAGCUAUAUUCAAUCAAAAGGGGCUGCUACCAAACUGACAGCAAGAGCAGCCUGGAUUUUCAGCGACCACUUCUGACUUUUUAUAGGCUGAAUUGUAAAUUCUUCAAUUUUCUCCACCCUCCCUUGCCCUGAUCUCCCUUUUCCUUCUGGCCUUGUUUGACAUGAAACUUUGAAAUUGACUAAGAAUUUAGCAACAGAUUGGGGUAUUUGGCUGCCUCGCUUGGGAGUAAUAAUUCAUUAAUAAACAGAUGUUUAACAUGAAAUGGAAGCAGCCCGAUCCACAGAUUUCCCAUUUUCAGUACAUUGCAGCUCCUAACACCAUCAGUAAUGAUCAGUGGCUUUCGGGUUAUUUGCCUAAUUCAGAGAAUAUUACUCUACCUGUAAUCUCAUUUUUUCUGCAUUAAAAUUAGAUAUUUUUAUACGUUCAAAAACAA